UUUCAUCUCCUGGCACCUGGCAGGCAUCUUUUGUAGGUGCCAUGGCAAUCGCGGACUUAGCCAAGUCCACAUUGGGACCAAAAGGAAUGGACAAGAUCCUUCAAUCGACUGGCAGAGGACGGAGUGUCACUGUUACAAAUGAUGGGGCUACCAUUUUGAAGUCCCUUCAUAUCGAUAACCCUGCUGCAAAGGUCCUUGUUGACAUCUCAAAAGUUCAAGAUGACGAGGUUGGUGAUGGAACAACUUCUGUUGUUGUUUUGGCUGGAGAACUUUUGAGGCAGGCUGAAAAGUUGGUUAACAUGAAAAUUCAUCCGAUGACUAUUAUUGCAGGUUACAGAAUGGCUGCUGAGUGUGCCAGAAAUGCUCUGCUACAGAGGACCAUGGACAACAAAGAAAAUACAGAUAAGUUCAGAUCAGAUCUCAUGAACAUUGCUAUGACUACACUUAGUUCAAAAAUUCUCUCCCAGGACAAGGAGUACUUUGCUGAACUCGCAGUUGAUGCUGUCCUAAGACUUAAGGGUAGCACCAACUUGGAAUCAAUCCAAAUUCUGAAGAAACCUGGAGGAUCUCUUAAGGAUUCCUUUUUGGACCAAGGGUUCAUUCUUGAUAAGAAGAUUGGCCUUGGUCAACCAAAGCGAAUUGAAAACGCCAAUAUUUUGGUUGCAAACCCUGCUAUGGACACAGAUAAAGUUAAGAUUUAUGGGGCGCGUGUUCGGGUGGAUUCAAUGGCUAAGGUUGCAGAUAUCGAAGCUGCUGAAAAGCAGAAGAUGAGAGAGAAAGUUCAAAAAAUCAUUGGUCACGGCAUCAACUGCUUUGUCAACAGACAAUUAAUCUACAACUUUCCUGAAGAACUUUUCGCUGAUGCUGGCAUACUUGCAGUCGAGCAUGCUGACUUUGAGGGCAUUGAACGGCUAGCUCUUGUCACUGGUGGUGACAUUGCAUCAACUUUUGACAACCCAGAGUCUGUUAAGCUUGGGCACUGCAAGGUCAUUGAAGAGAUUAUGAUAGGGGAAGACAGGCUAAUUCAUUUUUCAGGGGUUGCUAUGGGGCAAGCUUGCACCAUUGUCCUGCGAGGAGCAAGUGAGCAUGUGCUUGAUGAAGCUGAGAGGUCGUUGCAUGAUGCCUUGUGUGUGCUUUCUCAGACAGUAAAUGACACCCGUGUCUUAUUUGGUGGUGGAUGGCCUGAGAUGGUGAUGGCCAAAGAGGUGGAUGAACUUGCAAGGAAGACCCCUGGGAAAAAAUCUCAUGCAAUUGUUGCUUUUUCGCGUGCCUUGCAAGCCAUCCCAACAAUCAUAGCUGACAAUGCUGGUCUGGAUAGUGCCGACCUGAUCUCUCAGCUCCGAGCUGAGCACCACAAAGAGAAUAGCACUGCUGGGAUCGAUGUCAUCACUGGCGGACUUGGAGACAUGCAAAAGCGGGGAAUAUGUGAGGCGUUCAAGGUGAAGCAAGCCAUCAUUCUGUCUGCAACCGAGGCAGCGGAGAUGAUCCUCAGGGUUGACGAGAUCAUAACCUGCGCCCCACGCAGGAGAGAGGAUAGAAUGUGAUCUCACAAUCCGUUUUGAUGUAGGAUUUUGUAUGUUCGCCAAGUUUGGCUGCAUUAUAAUUUGAAUCCAUUUUGAUUGUUUCGACCGACCCCUAACAGUCUGGAACUUGUUCCAGGACUAGCUAAUGUUCCAUAGGCUUACGUUGUAAUGUAGACUUUCUGUUUUGAAUUAUACCGCCCUUUGUGCAGUUGCUCAUUGUGCAUCCAC